ACACGCGCAGCUGGAGACAGUAGCGUUUGCUAGCUAGCUAGCCAGACGCAUUAAAAUGGACCUGUGAUACUGAAUUUACUCUCGCUCGGCGCGGCGCCGUGGAUCCUUUUCAAGGCCGAGACAUGAGCUUUUCCCGCUGAACGUUAUUGAUGCUGAACUGAGCGGCUCAGUGCUAUCUUCCGGUGCCCCCCCUCCCCUCAGUUUUCUGUCCCUCUGCCUGCCACCUGAUUUCUGAGCAGCCAUGACCAAGUCUUACGAAUUCAACUGGCAGAAGCACCUGCCUGAGUUCAUGCAGGAAGGAGCCUCCUUUGACAGGUUUGAUGAGGAUCCGUACAUGUUUGAGCCCAACUGCCAGAUGAAGGUGGACGAGUACGGCUUCUUCAUCACCUGGAAGAGCGAAGGAAAGGAAGGCCAGGUUCUGGAGUGUUCCCUCAUCAACAGUAUUCGUGUUGGCGCCGUCCCAAAGGACCCAAAGAUCUUGUCUUCAUUCGAGGCCAUUGGCAAGACGGAGACAGACUUGGAGGGAUGCAUCAUCUGCAUUUGCAGCGGCACCGAUCUGGUCAACCUCAACUUCAUGUUCAUGGUGGCAGAGAAUCCCGACAUCGCCCGGAAAUGGAUCGAGGGUUUGAGGUCGGUGAUUCACAACUUUAAGGCCAACAAUGUGUGUCCAAUGACAUGCCUCAAGAAGCAUUGGAUGAGAAUGUGUUUCUUAACCAACGUGAAUGGGAAGAUUCCUGUAAGAGGCAUUACACGGACAUUUGCAUCAGGGAAGACAGAAAAGGGAAUCUUCCAGGCCCUGAAGGACCUGGGCCUUCCCAGUGGAAAGAAUGACGAAAUCGAACAUUCUGACUUCACCUUCGACAUUUUUUACGCGCUCACACAGAAGAUCUGCCCUCGCACCGACAUCGAGGAGCUCUUCAAGAAAAUCAAUGGGAACAAAACAGAUUAUUUAACUGUAGACCAGUUAGUCAGCUUUCUGAAUGAAAAUCAGCGUGACCCAAGGUUGAAUGAGAUUCUGUUUCCCUUUUACGACCCCAAGAGAGCAAUGCAGAUCAUCGAGAAAUACGAGCGAGACGACGAACUGAAGAAGAAAGGUCGCAUGUCCAGCGACGGGUUCUGCAGGUACCUGAUGUCAGAUGAAAACGCUCCGGUGUUCCUGGACCGGCUGGAGCUGUACCAAGAGAUGGACCAGCCGCUGGCUCACUACUUCAUCAGCUCGUCCCACAACACCUACCUGACGGGCCGACAGUUUGGAGGGAAGUCCUCGGUGGAGAUGUACCGCCAGGUCCUGCUGUCCGGAUGCAGGUGUGUGGAGCUGGACUGCUGGGACGGGAAAGGAGAGGACCAGGAACCCAUCAUCACUCACGGCAAGGCCAUGUGCACAGACAUCCUGUUCAAGGAUGUCAUCCAAGCCAUCAAAGAGACGGCGUUCGUCACAUCAGAUUACCCCGUUAUCCUCUCCUUUGAAAAUCAUUGCAGUAAACCACAGCAGUACAAGAUGGCCAAGUACUGUGAAGAUAUCUUCGGUGACUUCCUCCUCAAACAGCCUCUAGAGAACUUCCCGAUUGAAUCCGGGCGCCCGCUACCAUCCCCCAACGAUCUCAAACGCAAAAUCCUCAUCAAAAACAAACGCUUGAAACCCGAAGUCGAGCAAAAGCAGCUGGAGGCGUUCAAGAAACACAUGGAGGCAGGAGAAACCAACACCCCGGCCAUCAUUAUGGGGGAGGAAAACGAAGACGACACAGAGAACGGAGAGAAGGAAGGUGAGGACAAGGACUUGAAUUCAGAGGCCCCCAGCAGUCUGUCAGAAGCAACCAGCGAGAAAGACGCAAACAGUGUCUCCCAGAGUAACGCCGUCAGCUCGAGGAAAGAGGAGGAGCGUAGCGACAGCAUCAAGAAGGUGCCUGAUGAUGAAGCGACAGAAAUUUCCGAAGCCACUGAAGCAACAGAUGCAACAGACAUAUCUGAAGCGUCUGAUCAAGACAAUAACAAGAAGGGAGGCGACGUGGCAGAAGACUCCGAAGAGGCUCUGAUUGCUCAGUACACCUACGUGGGAGCCACGACCAACAUCCACCCGUAUCUCUCCGCCAUGGUCAACUAUGCACAGCCUGUCAAGUUCCAGGGUUUCGAUGUGGCAGAAGAACGGAACAUCCACCACAACAUGUCUUCGUUUAACGAAUCUGUCGGCCUGGGUUAUCUGAAGACUAAUGCCAUCGAAUUUGUCAACUACAACAAGCGUCAGAUGAGCCGUAUCUACCCCAAAGGGGGCCGCGUGGACUCCAGUAAUUACAUGCCUCAGAUCUUCUGGAACGCAGGCUGCCAGAUGGUCUCUCUCAACUUCCAGACCCCAGAUCUAGCAAUGCAGCUGAACCAGGGAAAGUUUGAGUACAACGGCUCCUGUGGGUACCUGCUGAAGCCCGACUUUAUGCGGCGGUCAGACAGGAUGUUCGACCCUUUCUCAGAGACACCAGUGGAUGGCGUCAUCGCCGCAACAUGCAGCGUACAGGUGUUCUCGGGACAGUUUCUGUCUGACAAGAAAAUCGGCACGUAUGUGGAGGUGGACAUGUACGGGUUACCGACGGACACCAUCCGAAAGGAGUUCCGCACACGCAUGGUGAUGAACAACGGGCUGAACCCCGCCUACAACGAGGAGCCCUUUGUGUUCCGAAAGGUGAUCUUGCCCGACCUGGCGGUGCUGCGCAUCGCGGUCUACGACGACAACAACAAGCUGAUCGGCCAGCGGAUCCUCCCACUGGACGGCCUGCAGGCCGGCUACCGCCACAUCUCCCUGAGGAACGAGGGCAACAAGCCGCUGUCGUUGCCCACCAUCUUCUGCCAAAUCAUCCUCAAGACCUACGUGCCCGACGGCUUCGGAGCUAUCGUCGACGCUCUGUCAGACCCAAAGAAGUUUUUGACCAUAGCAGAGAAGAGAGCUGACCAGAUGAAAGCGCUCGGGAUCGAUACGAAUGACAUCGCAGAUGUUCCCAGUGGAAGCUCCAAGAAUGACAAGAAGGGAAAGGGCAAAGGAGACACGGUGAAGGCCAGCGUGACGCCUCAGGCCAGCUCCGACAUGGCCCAGACCUCCAACUCUGCCCAGAACAACACGACUGAAGCCAAGAAGGAUACUGCACUCGUGCCUAACGUCAGCAUCGAUGACUUGAAGCAGAUGAAGACCUACCUGAAACUGAUGAAAAAGCAGCAGAAGGAGCUCAACGCUUUGAAGAAGAAACACUCGAAGGAUCAAAAUGUAAUGCAGAAGUCCCACUGCUCCCAAGUGGACAAGAUGGUUUCCCUGCACGAGAAGGAGAAGACGACUCUGGAGAAGCUCGUAGAGAAGGCCAUUAAGAAGCGAGGCGAAAACAACUGCCAGGAGCUGAAGAAAGAGACGGAAGACAAGAUCCAAACACUAGACACGGAUCAUAAAGCGAAGGUGAAAGAGAUCACGGCGCAGCACACCAAAGAGUGGUCGGAGCUGAUCAGCGGUCACAGCAACGAGGAGCAGGAGAUGAAGGACAGCCACGUCACUCAGCAGUGCGAGCAUCUGAAGAAGCUGCUGGCCACCGUUCAGGAGCAGCAGACCGUGCAGCUCAAACUCAUUCACGAGCGGCAGAGCAAAGAGAUGCGAGCCAACCAGGCCAAGAUGUCCAUGGAAAACAGCAAAGCCAUCAGCCAGGACAAGACCAUCAAAAACAAGGCGGAGAGAGAGAGGAGAGUACGGGAGCUGAACAGCAGCAACACCAAGAAGUUUCUGGACGAGAGGAAGAGGCUGGCUAUGAAGCACCAGAAAGAGAUGGAGCAGCUGGAGAAAAACCAGCGAGAGCAGGUGGAGAAACUGGAGAAGUUCAAUGAGCAGCUUUUGAAAUCACACCAUGCAAAAAAACAGGUCCAAGGCCAAGGACAUGCAGCAGAUGGUGAAGUUGGAGGAGGAGAUGGACCGCAGACCUGCCACGGUGGUGUGAGCGACUGAGUCCGAGACGCACGCAUACACACAUACACACACACGCACACACGCACGCGUGCGCGCACACACACACACAGGUGCAGAAACACUCCACCACAGAACGUCCUCAACAGUCCGGAGACAAAACGCCUGCCUACGUGUCUCACUAUUUCACACCACGCUCUCUCUCUCGAACACACAGCAGCCUUCUGAGUUCAUUCACCCUCCCCCUCCACACACACACACACACACACACACACACACGCCGCCUUUAUCCCACCCACUAACUUUGUACCACUGAGCCAUCGGUGCUUGUCGCUGUUUGACGGGGGACUGAACCACUUGUGGAGACGGGAAGUGUAACCGCCCAGAUGAAGCUACUCCACCCUCCUCCUCCUCCUCCUCUAAACCGUCACCUUCAAUGCUCUCUGCAUUUCAUCAGCAAGAAAAACAAAAAAAAAAAAAACAGCAGCUCCUGGUGGAAACAAGCACACACGUGCACGGACACAGACACACGAACACGUUCACAGCUCAUACAAAGAUGAUUAUUACUACUAAACCCCUUUUUUUCCACUUUCCUCCCUCAAAAUCAAACCCCACUAAACUGCUCCACCGACAGUGUUUAGGAGGAGAGGAGUUUCUGUAGGAUUUCACACCACUGCAGCACAAAACGAAUUAACUUUGUGAGAUACACUGUAUGCUACACACCAGUCCUGUUCUGAGCACUUUGUAUGCGGUAGGCCAAUAAAAAGAAUAAAAAAAAAAUGAAGUAAAGUGGACAAUGUAGCGGUGCACUACUGUAGGUUUUUUCUGUUUCUCAGUAAGAAUGUAUUCAAAACGAAAAGAGAAAUCACUGUAAGGAGCGGCAAAGCCCCCCCCCCCCAGCGACACCUAACCACAAUGCAACUUGUUAGAAUUCACAAAAUGUAUUAUUGACUCUUUUAUUUUCGUUGUUGUUGUUGUUCGACGAUGUUACAGCCGACUAUAAAAAGGCUUGUUGAGUCAGAAGACUAUAAAGGGAUCGUCGGGAGGAGAAGUUCACUUUGAUCAACGUGGCCAUUUUUCUGUUUUCUAGGAAGUUCCCGGUAUGUGGUGAGACCGUCGUGCUUUUGUUUUUUUUUUGUUUUUUUUGCACUUGAAAAUAACACGUGACUGAAAACACAAAAAGUAAGGGAAUUUCUGUUUGCUAGAUGUCUUUGUUGUAACAGUGACUGAAGUCCGAUCGUUUCCCCUUUUAAUUGGUGCAUUUUUGUGGAAUCAGCAGCAGAGCUGUGUGUCGUUCUCGCCGUUUCACUGCCAGAUUACUUUUCUUUUGCUGUCGAUUGACGUCUAAAGAAACAAAACUAAUACUCAGCACACCUGCUCAUCCCAAACCUGCAUGUCCCAUUUGAAAGGGAAAUAAAGUGGUUCAACUCAAAGGAUUGUUACAACAAAAAAAGCAAUUUAACAAACACAAAAGUUCUGAUUUUUUAUGUUCUUGGUUUAGUUGUUUUUAAAAGCCUGUUCUCACUUUCCACAUGACAAGAUUCCACCUGCAGAUCUGUAAUAUAGUCUCAGUUUGGAACUCGUGAUCUUGUAUACUAUGCAACAAAAAAAAAACCCAGUAAAUCCCUUCAAACUUUAGUGAAAUUCUCUGAGAAGGAUUGUGUUGAAAAAUGUUACGAAAAUCUUGUAAUAAAAAUAUCUCAGAAACGUGGCUGCAGUUUAACGUAACCAGUCCCGAAGCAGUAACAUUUAGUGGACAUCCAACUGAAAUCUUCCGAUCUGGACUCCAUUACGUUGAAUUCAUGAUAUUUCCUGCAUUGAGGGGCGAUGUGCUGAACUGUCUUGUAAUAUUUGAGCCAAAUCUGGACGUCGGUCAGUGUUUCUAACCCCUCUGAUCCUCAUCGUUUCCCUCCCCCAGUUUUGAGCAGAACAGCUCAGAUUUUCUGUCAGAUUUCUAGAGAAUAAUAUAAAUAAAAGCCACACACACACUGAAUUUCAGAGAAAGCUCCCUCUAGAUGCUGUUGCUUUCGGGCCUAUAGAUGGUUUGAUGAAGCAAUACUCCAGACGUUACUGCAGGAUCAAAGGUUUAAUAUGAUGCAUGGAUGAACACUCUAACAAAGACCAAAUUGACACAAAACACACCUGUAGGUAUUUUGGCCUUUUUUUAAAAAAAAAAAA